GAUGAUGAUGAAGAUGAUGAUGAUGUAACGCUCCACUCGUCCUAUCAGAGCAGCAGAGCAGAGUCUGAUGUCGGUGGCUGAGGGUCUUUCAUCCAGACGUGUGUGACUCUUCAUCAACGGACGACAGCAGGUCAGACGUGAACGUUUGCUCCUUGUGGCUGCUCAUGUUUUAAAGAAAUGGAUCCUGAUGGUAAGAGACGUGAGGCUGUUCCACUGUAUGAGGGGAAGUUUAAUGGGUACCCUGAACAGCCGGGACAGUUCGGCCCUCCUGGACAGUUCGGCCCUCCUGGACAGUUCGGCCCUCCUGGACAGUUCGGCCCUCCUGGACAGGGCGGACAGCCUGGACAGCCUGUUGGACCUGUAGUGGUUGACCAUACCACAGUGCAGAUCUCCACUGAGCCCCCCCGGGACCACAUCGUCUGGUCCAUACUCAGUCUUUUCUACGCAAACAUUUGUUGCCUCGGACUGGCAGCUCUCAUCUGCUCGAUCAAGGCCAGAGACCGGAAGAUGGCUGGAGAUAUGGUUGGUGCCCGACACCACGGCUCCACCGCCCGCACACUCAACAUCGUCGUUGCAUCUCUGGUUAUCGUCUGCAUCAUCAUUUCUAUUAUUCUCUUGAUCUAUCAACCAUAUAACUCAAUGUACAUCUACGGCUUUUGGGGCGGCAGGUUGUAAACGAGCUGAGUCGUCAGCUGCUGCUGCUACGUUCCUUUGAUCUGUCACAUUUUAUACACAUUUUAUACACAUUUUAUACCUUAAACAUGUGAACACGACUGAUUUGUGUUUGUGUGUCCAAACUGUUUCAUUUGACAAUAAAAGAGUUUCCUAA